GCUCCGGAGCUCUGUAGCCCGCAGACCUCGCACGCUGUGUGUGAAAGCUAGGCCGUCGGCUCCCGCCGUGCCCGGUGCCCCCCCCCACCCCCACAUGCGGCGCCGCCCCUCUGUGGCCGGUUGUAAAGCGCUGCCGCCUGGCCGGGGCCCCGCCUGCCUCCCUCCUCCCGGCUUCCAGCGUCCUCGGCGGAUCGGCGUGAUGCGUCUGGGCUCGAGGCCCACGGCGCUGGGGCUGAUGCUGCUGUACGCUGCGGUGGUCGGCGCCAGCGAGGCCGAGGAGCUGCACUACCCGCAGGGCGAACACCGGGCGGACUACGAUCGCGAGGCGCUGCUGGGCGUUCAGGAAGACGUCGAUGAAUACGUUAAACUUGGCCACGAAGAGCAGCAAAGGCGCCUGCAGUCGAUCAUAAAGAAAAUUGAUGCGGACUCAGAUGGCUUUCUCACUGAAAGUGAACUCAGUCAGUGGAUUCAGAUGUCUUUUAAGCAUUAUGCUAUGCAAGAGGCAAAACAGCAGUUUGUCGAAUAUGAUAAAAACAGUGAUGGUACUGUGACGUGGGAUGAAUACAAUAUCCAGAUGUAUGACCGUGUGAUUGACUUUGAUGAGAACACUGCUCUGGAUGAUGCAGAAGAGGAGUCUUUUAGGCAGCUUCAUUUAAAGGACAAGAAGCGAUUUGAAAAAGCUAACCAGGAUUCUGGUCCUGGUUUGAGUCUUGAAGAAUUUAUUGCUUUUGAACAUCCUGAAGAAGUUGAUUAUAUGACGGAAUUUGUCAUUCAAGAGGCUUUAGAAGAACAUGACAAAAAUGGUGAUGGAUUUGUGAGUUUAGAAGAAUUUCUUGGUGACUACAGGCGGGAUCCAACUGCAAAUGAAGAUCCAGAAUGGAUACUUGUUGAGAAGGACAGAUUCGUGAAUGAUUAUGACAAGGAUAACGAUGGCAGGCUGGAUCCCCAAGAGCUGUUAUCAUGGGUCGUGCCCAAUAAUCAGGGCAUUGCACAGGAGGAGGCUCUUCAUCUAAUUGAUGAGAUGGAUUUGAAUGGUGACAAAAAGCUCUCUGAAGAAGAGAUUCUGGAAAACCAGGACUUAUUUCUGACCAGUGAAGCCACGGAUUACGGCCGACAGCUCCAUGAUGACUAUUUCUAUCAUGAUGAGCUUUAGAUCCUGCAGGUGUCCAAGAGCAAGAGAUCCUUUUAUAAUUUGUUACCAGCUUUACUUUUGUGAUAAAAUCUUAAUGUUGUAUUUUACACUCUUAAGUCUCACCACAAUCAAAAUAAUCUUAAUGUAGGCUAUAAUUUUGGGCCUUCUAGAAGAAAAACAAAACAAAAACUUGAUAUUUAUUUCAAGGCGUAUUGAAGAAAUAAAGCAUUGGUACUGUGCACAU